CUAAGCCAUCAGCAAUCCUUAGCAUAGGGGCACACUCAUGCAUUCCUGUCAAGUCAUCUUGUGAAAGGCUGCCUGCUUCCAGCUUGGCUUGGAUGUGCAACCUUAAUAAAACUCACUGAGGUCUGGGAGAAAAUAGCAGAUCUGCAGCAGAUAGGGUAGAGGAAAGGGUCUAGAAUAUGUACAUGCCGCUGGCUCAGGCAGGCUGCACGCUUAACUGUUACACAGAGAGGAAACAAUAAAUCUGAGCUACUAUGCAAUAAAUAUCUCAAGUUUUAACUAAGGAAAUAUCAUUACAGUGAAAUAAAAAAUAACAUUUUAGAACCCGGCUAACAAAUGGCUAGUUUUCUAUGUUUCUUCUUCAAAAGUUUUCUUUGAGGGGGGAAAAUAAAACCCAAACAAGCCGUUUUACCUAAAAUAAAGAAGUAGUUUAAAGGUCAGAAGAAAGGAGCGAGGCUUGCGCGAGGCACGGAAGGAGAACGCUGGCAGUACAAUGACAGUUUUCCUUUCCUUUGCUUUCCUCGCUGCCAUUCUGACUCACAUAGGGUGCAGCAACCAGCGCCGAAGUCCAGAAAACAGUGGGAGAAGAUUCAACCGGAUUCAACAUGGGCAGUGUGCCUACACUUUCAUUCUUCCAGAACACGACGGGAACUGUCGUGAGGGUACGACAGAGCAGUACAACACAAACGCCCUGCAGAGAGAUGCUCCACACGUGGAACCGGAUUUCUCGUCCCAGAAACUUCAACAUCUGGAGCAUGUGAUGGAAAAUUAUACUCAGUGGCUGCAAAAACUAGAGAAUUACAUUGUGGAAAAUAUGAAGUCGGAGAUGGCCCAGAUACAGCAAAAUGCAGUUCAGAAUCACACAGCCACCAUGCUCGAGAUAGGAACCAGCCUCCUGUCCCAGACGGCAGAGCAGACCAGAAAGCUGACUGAUGUCGAGACCCAGGUACUAAAUCAAACCUCUCGACUUGAAAUACAAUUGCUGGAGAAUUCAUUAUCUACAUACAAGCUAGAGAAGCAACUUCUUCAGCAGACUAAUGAAAUUCUAAAAAUUCACGAGAAGAACAGUUUAUUAGAACACAAAAUCUUAGAAAUGGAGGGAAAGCACAAGGAAGAGUUGGAUACCUUAAUGGAAGAGAAAGAGAACCUUCAAGGUUUGGUUACUCGUCAAACAUACAUAAUCCAGGAGCUGGAGAAACAACUGAACAGAGCCACCAGCAACAACAGUGUCCUUCAGAAGCAGCAGCUGGAGUUGAUGGACACAGUUCACAGCCUCGUCAACCUUUGCAAUAAAGAAGGUGUUUUGCUAAAGGGAGGAAAGAGAGAGGAAGAGAAACCAUUUAGAGACUGUGCAGAUGUAUAUCAAGCUGGUUUUAAUAAAAGUGGAAUCUACACUAUUUAUGUUAAUAAUAUGACAGAGAAAAAGGUAAAACCAGAGGUAUUUUGCAAUAUGGAUCUUAAUGGAGGAGGUUGGACUGUAAUACAACAUCGUGAAGAUGGAAGUCUAGAUUUCCAAAGAGGCUGGAAAGAAUAUAAAAUGGGUUUCGGAAAUCCCUCUGGUGAAUAUUGGCUGGGGAAUGAGUUUAUUUUUGCCAUAACCAGUCAGAGGCAGUAUACACUAAGAAUCGAGUUAAUGGACUGGGAAGGAAACCGAGCCUAUUCACAGUAUGACAGAUUCCACAUAGGAAAUGAAAAGCAAAACUAUAGGUUGUAUUUGAAGGGUCACACUGGGACAGCAGGAAAACAGAGCAGCCUGAUCUUACACGGUGCUGAUUUCAGCACUAAAGAUGCUGAUAAUGACAACUGUAUGUGCAAAUGUGCCCUCAUGCUAACAGGAGGUUGGUGGUUUGAUGCCUGUGGCCCCUCCAAUCUAAAUGGAAUGUUCUAUACUGCGGGGCAAAACCAUGGAAAACUGAAUGGGAUAAAGUGGCACUACUUCAAAGGGCCCAGUUACUCCUUACGUUCCACUACUAUGAUGAUUCGACCAUUGGACUUUUGAAAGCACAAUGUGAGAAGCAAUUACAAAUACAACAAGGAAAUCUGGGGAUGCUACCAGAGGAGAAACUUCUUGAAAACUUCUGAAGCAAACAGUAGUGUCUCCCUUUCAGUAACAAGUGGGUAGUUAUGUGAAGUCACCAAGUUCUUGACUGUGGAUUUAGGGACUUUUGAGUUCACAAAAGUCUCUACUUGGGGUCACUGUGUUGAUAUGGCUUGAAUUUAGAGAAUGCUACUCACUGUCAUGCUUUAAAAAAGGAAGAGACUGCUCUGCUCGCUGUGCUUUGAACUACUACUGGAACUUAUUUUGGAAUGAUGGUAGCCAGAUGAUAAAUAUGGUUUAUUUCAUUUAAAACUGAAGAAGAAUAUGAAGAAGAAGAACAACAACAACUAGAAGAAAGAGAAUGAGAAAACAGGUUAGAAGAAUAGAAAUGGGCCUGCCAUAAUCCUUUGGAAAAGGUGUAUUACACCAGUGAAAUGGUGUUAUUUCUAUGCAAACCUACUAACAAAUACAUUUAUACUGUUGCACAGUUUUAAUAAAAGUUCAGAAAGAAUGGUGUUCCCUAUGUUAGUUAAAUGUUAAAAAUUUUCAGAAGUCACAUUCUAAUAUACCUAAUAGCUGAUUUCAGUUCUUCAAACGUAAACUCCAUUUUGGUGAGCCGUAAUCAAUUGUAAUGCAUGAGGAAUUAUAGUGGGAGGUAGAAACAUACUUGAUUCAUUUUGGUACAGUUUUCAGGAUAUAUGGGAUUAAAAAAUUACCACCACCCCCAUCUUACACUUUUCAUUUACUUUAGAAACUGACCGAAUGAUGUAUAAAUAUAUUUAUAGGCUGAGGAAAGUUCAAAGAAUGAAAUGUAUCACCAAGUUUUUCUAAUAAUAUACACACAUUUACUAUGUCCUUUAAUAUUAUACAGGAAAACAGUAUUUUAGAGUGUAUCACAUUGAAGUAAAAUCAUAGUAAACUGGAGAGUUUCAUCUGACUAUCAUCUUUCAUGUCUACACUCAAGUGUAGCUUCAUUAGUUUGAAAUGUUUUUAGCUCUCCAAUUCUUCACCCUGUUAUUUCGUGCUAAUUUAAUUUUUGUCAGUUAACUGAAACAUCUUUAUCAGAUCUACCCUGUGCAGUUUCUAUAAAAGAUACACUUUGAAAUCUAUGAAAAAUAAAAGAGGAGUUAUAAAUAUCAUUGUACAUAGCAUAUUUAUAUCCACAGUAAACCUAAUAGCUGUUUGAUCUGGAAUAUGCAAUGUUAUCCUUAAUUGAUGCAGAUAAACACAAAUUUUCAAAGACAUCUACCAUAUUACUUUAUGAAACACAUUAUUUUUCGUAUUUUUCUCCUUCAGGCUCUGUUUUAUUAUGCAAUAUAUAACUUUUAAAAAUUAUUAUUAGUGGAGAAAGUUGAAAAAACUAUGUGUAUUGUAUUUAAUGGAAACAUAUAAGUAAAAAGAUUAAUCAUGGUCACCCAACUAGUUGAGAAAAUUAUGAAUGCUAGCUGCUAUAGAUCUUGUAAUGAAAAUAUUCCUUUGGAAUAAUCCAUUUUGAGUGACUUGGCACACAUUUUUCUGGCAAGUUUGAAGUUAUUACAGUACUUUAUCAAGAAAUGUUCUCUGCCUCUAAGUGUUCAAGGUUACAAUAGUGAACAGUUUUUAAUCAUAAUGUGAGCCACUGUAAGAUAAGAAAAUUGAAAUGGAUAUUAGGUCUCUUUUCUUAGAAAAGAAAAGGGUUUUCACUGCAAUAAUACAAUAUAAGACUUGGUGAUUAAUCAAUUAUGUCUUAGUAGCUUUCCUCCAUUUAAGAGAAUAAAGCUAUUCAAACUUCUAAGAAAAUAUUUUUAAAAGUUUAUGUCAAGUGUUUAUAUUUACAUACCUGGAUACAGCCCUGUUGUGCCUUGGAAGUAAUAUUUGCAGAUAUCACAUUUUUUUAUAUUCUUGGUGGUUCCUUCAUAGCAUUGUUUAGCCUCUGCCUCCAAAAAUCUUCUCAAUUAUUUUCAUUUAAGUGAAAAAAUAAUGGAGUGUUUUCUUUGUUUGUGUUCCUAAAGAAUUUUUUUUUACCAGUCUUUGGGUUAAGAAUACUAUUUCCCAACUUAUAUGACAAAAAUGAAAUUUAAAAAAAAGAAAGCAUGAUAUAUACUGUUUUGUUAUCUGGGUUUGAAAAGUGAAUUAUGGUUUCCAGUUAUUUAUAAUAAAGCCAUAUAA